AUGUCCGCCAAGCUCCUAUUCCUAGCACUAUCAUCCCUCCCCGUCUUCUCCCUCGCAGCAAACAUAACCUGCCCCCCAACACCCUCCCCCUUCCCCAAAGCAGCCUCCUUCCCCAAAAUCACCACCCUCCCCGACCCCUUCGUCUAUCUCGACGGCUCCACCCGCGUCCAGACCCGCGAAGAAUGGUACGCCUGUCGCCAGCCCGAGAUCAUGAAACUCCUCCAAGAAUAUCAAUAUGGGUACUACCCCGACCAUUCUCUCGAGAUCAUAACGGCGACGCGAUCCGGCAAGACCUUGACUGUGACCAUCGCUGUUGGGUCGGCGAAAGCGAGUAUAGCUGCGACGGUCAACCUUCCUAGCUCGGCGACGAAGACGGCGCCUGUGGGGGUGGUGAUUGCGAUAGGUGGGAUUGAUAACAAUGCAUUCUUGAAUAAGGGGAUUGCGGUGGUGACGUUUGACUAUUCGAGUGUGGCGGCGGAUAGUAAUAGUAAGACUGGGUCGUUUUGGACAUUAUAUAAAGGGAAGGAUGCUGGAACUCUCCUCGCCUGGGCCUGGGGUUUCCACCGCGUCCUUGAUGGUCUCAUCCUCCAAGUCCCCGAAAUCGACUCCAAAAAAGUCGGCGUAACAGGCUGUUCCCGCCUCGGCAAAGCCGCACUGGCAGCUGGUCUCUUCGACACUCGCAUCACUGUCACGAUCCCCGAGAGCGCUGGCAUCCAAGGCAUAGGACCCUAUCGGUACCACGCCUUGAGUGGACAAGACGAGACACUCGAAAAUUCCAAGUCUGGAGCUCCUUGGUGGAGUAAUGCCGCGCUGGGCACGUUCGUCAAUCAGAUGGAGCGUUUGCCGUUCGAUGCCCAUACGAUUGCUGCUGCGAUUGCGCCGAGAGCGUUGGUUAUUGAUCAGGGGAGGUCGGAUCCGUAUGUGAAUAGUAAAGGGACCGCGGUGGUAGUAUAUCCCGCUACUAAGUUGGUGUAUGAUUGGUUGGCUGCUGGGCCGGACGUUCCAGCCGGGGAGAAGACGAGCAAGAUCGCUAUUGCGUUGAGAGAUGGCGGACAUUGCGAUAUGAGCGGGUAUGCGAAUGUGGCGCCGUAUGUGCAGUAUAUCUUCUCGGGGACGGCGACGACGAAGAAUUAUGCGGAUGUGUCACCUUGGAAGGUCAUGCCGGAGACGUAUCCUUGGUCGUCGCUUAUACCGAAAUGA